AUCGACGUUUAUUUUAUGUCGGACUUUUAUUUUGACGCCUGGCGCGCAGGAAAUGCGUCACAAUCGCUGCCAUCGCUUCCUGCGGUAAAGGGAUUUCCGUCAACAACAUUUGAUCAAAACACCAAUGACGAGCGGAAACUGGUUCUUCGUGAUCUUUUAAACUCGCUGCGAAGUGUAAAAUACACCCAGAUAAAGCUGUUUUCGCUGUUCACAUCAGUACAAGAGGCUCGACACUGCAGGAUGAACCCUCAGGUGGUGCGCAGGGGCUUCAGCGUCCAGCAGUCGGACCUGAUGUGUAAGAGAGGAUGCGGUUUCUACGGUAACGCCGUCUGGCAGGGCCUCUGCUCCAGAUGCUGGCGAGAGGAGAACCAGUGCACCCGGACCAAGCAGAUAGAGGACGACAGGGCGCUGGCCGAGAGGUUACAGAGAGAGGAGGAGGCGGCGUACGCCAGCAGCGGCCGUGAGGAGGCGCGAUCACGACCAGAAUCCUCCAAAACACACAGCACUGUGCCCAUCGUGAAGAGGCUCUUCACCUCUGCUCCCAAAGCACCCGCAAGGAGAGAUGCAGGAGCUCCAAAGACGGCGGUGAGCCAGAGCACCUCGCUCAGCCGACAGCCCAGUGCAGAACGUGAUCAUGUGACACAACACUUCAUCGACUUCCUGAAGCCCUUCCAGAGACCUGGAUAUGACAUCUUUAAACAGUGCCAUGCCUUCGUUGAAAAUAUCGCACACAAAAAGGUGGCUGUACGUGGUGAGGAUUUCUCAGACUCUGUGCAGGAUUUCUAUCAACACAUUUCAGAGUACUUACAGACAAACUUUAAAGGGUCUGCAGAUGUGAUGGAGACUGUGAUGGAUGAGGUUGAGCGGUAUGUGAUGGGCCGUCUAUAUGAGCAGCUCUUCUGCCCUGACCACACUGAUGAUGAGAAGAAAGACCUGGUCAUCCAGAAGAGAAUCAGGGCUUUGCACUGGGUGUCCAUUGCGAUGCUGUGUGUUCCUGUGGACGAGAAGAUCCCUAAAGUAUCAGACAGUGUGGAGAGAGCCAUAACAGACCUGAUCAACUUGGACUCUAAAAAGGUUCCCAAGGAGAAGUUGGCGUGUGCCACCAGGUGUAGUAAACACAUCAUGACUGCCAUCCAGGGCAGUAAGAAAGCUGCCGCCUCAGCUGAUGACUUUCUGCCCACUCUCGUCUACAUCGUGCUGAAGGCCAAUCCACCUCGAUUACACUCCAACAUCCAGUACAUCACACGCUACUGCAACCCCAGCCGCCUCAUGAGCGGAGAGGACGGAUAUUACUUCACCAACCUGUGCUGUGCCGUGGCGUUCAUCGAGAAGCUUGAUGCGCAGUCGCUGAACUUGAGUCAUGAAGACUUUGAGCUCUACAUGUCCGGUGCAUCAUCUCCGUCGGGUCCCAAAGCCACUUCAUCUGGCAACAGCUUACAGAAAGGCUUUAAAGAGGAGCACUCCGCGGCAGAACCACAGCUGGAGCCGAGGAGAGCAGAGGAGACACGUCCUCUGGAAACAGACCUCAUCGAAUGGAGCGACGGUCAGGAGCUCUCAGUGCUGGGCAUGUUAGAAGAGCCACCUGCACGGACUCACACCUCCAACACAUUCACUAUUGACUCAGACAACAUAGGCGGCGACAGCCUGCCUCCUCCAUUACAGCCGCAGAAGUUCGCUGGAUAGCUCCCAUCUUUACUGGGCACAGACUGACAACACCUGGCGCUUCCCCCCGCAGCUCUUCUGUCUGCAGGUCACUGAUGGUCUCUGUUCCUGUAACGGGACUGAAUGCAUUCACUUCGGUUCUUUAUAGGGUGAUAGGUUUAUAUUUUACUCCAAGAUAAAAACAAAUAAUAAUAAUAAUAAAAGAAUUAGGCUAGUUUUGGGACCAUUAGAAUUUGAGGUAUUGUGAAAAAAGAAUACUAGAUAUUAUAAAGUAUUUAUAAGUCAUAGUGGUAUUUGCUGUACUGCAUUUCAUUUGUGUAAAUAUAAAUGUUAAAAAUUGUAUUGCAUUAAUGAGAAUCCAAUGAAAAUCACUACUGAAAAUGAGAAUUACAAAGAAAAAUAGAAUUGUUUUUUAUUGUUUUGAAAAUAAUGUUACAAUGCCAAAAAAAGCUCUCAAAAAAUAGGCCUAAGCUUAAUUUCAUUAUAAUUUGUGUUUAAAUAUUUAAAUCUAUAGCACUGGUUUUAUUGCUUUAUGCAGGUCACUGAAGUCUGAGAAUACGUAACUUAUUAGUAUUUAUUUCAGUUUUUUCCCAGCUGUGGAAUUCUGCAUCUCCUUAUGUUUUCUGGCCAUUAUUAUUGGCAUUAGUGGUCAUUUGAAUUAAGAAUUAAUAACAAGGACAGAACUGGUGUGGGUUAGGUUUAUAUAACUGACCUGUUAGUAUAGUUGAGUCAGAAUCUGGUGUGAGAUGUGAUCUUUACUCUGGGUUUGUUAAGGCAUGCCGUGAUGAGCAGUAGUUAUGCUACAGGCAAAGCUUGAAUCCCAGGUGUGGUUUAAUGGACACCAGCGCAUUAGUAAACAAGACGUUACUCCGUAUAACAAAUGAGUCUUCAGCACGGUACUAUUUAAAAAUGUAUUAUCAAAUAUUUAUUUUCUGUACUAUAUAUUUUACUUUCAAGGAAAUGCUGUUACAGUGUGAAAGGAAAAAAGAAUGAUUUAGUAAGUUAAUUAUUAUAAACAUACUUUUUAACCCUUUGUUCUAUGAAAAAUAUUGCUUAUGCAUGCAAAGUUACAGUUUUGCUGUGGUAUGUGGUGUCCUGUUACGGACAGUUUGUAACCUCAUUUAGUUAUAUAAAAGAUCUGGGUUUGAAGCCAGAGAAAUGCUAUUUAAACAAUUAUAAAUAAAAUGAUCUCCUGAUGGAAUAGAAAACA